GUCGCGUAGUCGUCCUCUUCCUCCUAUCCUUCAUUCCUCCCCCCACUCGUGCACCGUGGUCGUCCUGCCGCCGGCAACUCGACUCGGCCCAACAAGCCACGCAACCUUUGCGCUUCCGCAUCCGCAGUCCAGAGGCGUCGCCGCGCGCCUGCCCUCUCCGCCGGCACGGAGCAGGGCGGAGAGCCGCCGCCUGGGCUCGGACUGACUGGCGUGCGCUCCUCUUCCUCGCGUUCAAGGUCAUGUGCUAGACAUUGAUCGCCAUGUCAACGCGUAGGGAGAUUGUCUCGUAUCACCCAUUGCCUGCACCAGGCGUGACAAACAGCCUCAAGGAUGAGAUCCAGUCAAAAGUUACGGAAACAGUUAGCAAUGCGAUCAACUCAUUUGAUCCAAACGCGUUGCCUCGGCAUAUAGAAGGGGCAUUGGGUACAGCUGGAAACCUCAUUAACUCAUUUGAGCCGAAAUGGUCUGGGAAAAAGGAGUUUGAUUUCAACGGGGAAGCUGAUUUCCUUGAUGGAUACCAAUGUCCUGAUGAAUAUUGGGGCUCUGCGCCUGUGAAGGUGCAGAAACCAGUUAACAUUAAGAAUCUGCUGGGCGGAGUUAUUGCAAUAAUCGGUCGCAAUUUGGGAAAUACUGAAGUUGAACAGCCCAAGGACACUAAGACCAGCGUCUCAUUCCUUGGGUCAAGUGAUGAUGGUAACACAUUCUUGCAUUCCUCAGUCUACAUGCCAAGUGCUCCACCAGUGCUUGAUGAAGAAGCCUUGAAUUAUAACAUUUAUAGGGCUGUACUGGAAGCAGAGCCACCAGAAUGGCUUCCUGACAGUUAUGCCAGCGCGUGUAUGCAGUGUGCUGCUCCUUUCACUGCCCUUACCCGUGGAAGGCAUCAUUGUCGGUUCUGUGGAGGGAUAUUUUGCAGGGCCUGCUCAAAAGGACGAUCCCUGUUGCCUGCCAAGUUCCGUGAGCGGAAUCCACAAAGAGUCUGUGAUGCCUGUUAUGAUAGGCUUGAUCCAUUGCAGAACUUAUUGAUUAAUUCUGUCAGCAAUGCCUCACAAACUGCAAAGCAUGAUGUUAUGGAUUGGACUUGUGCAAGAGGGUGGUUAAAUUUGCCCAUCGGAUUAACCAUGGAGCAUGAGAUUUACAAGGCAGCAAAUACCUUGUCAAGUUACAGCCAGGUGGCAAGAAUAAACCCUGAGAAGUCUAUUCCCCAUGCAGUUCUUAGUGGAGCAAGUGGGCUUGCCAUAUUGACAGUUGCAAAAGCUGGUGCUAUUCUUACUUACAAACUUGGAACUGGGCUGGUAGUUGCUCGAAGAUCUGAUGGAUCAUGGUCUGCACCAUCUGCUAUAGUUUCUGCUGGUUUUGGAUGGGGAGCACAGGUUGGUGGUGAGCUUAUGGAUUUCAUCAUAGUGCUUCGUGGCCCAGAAGCUGUCCAAACUUUCUGCAGUCGGAUGCAUUUUUCACUUGGAGCAGGUGUAAGUGCUGCAGCAGGACCUGUGGGCAGAGUACUAGAAGCGGACCUGAGAGCUGGUGAUAAAGGAUCAGGAGUUUGCUAUACAUAUAGCUGCAGCAAAGGUGCAUUUAUUGGCGUCUCAUUAGAAGGGAAUCUAGUUGCCACACGGAUGGACGCUAAUCUGCGCUUCUAUGGUGACCCAUAUCUGACAACCAGCGACAUUCUCACGGGGAAUGUGGAACGGCCAAAUGCUGCCAAAUUUCUUUACACUGCAUUGGAUGAUCUAUACUCAGGGCUGGAUUGUUAGUGUACAUAUAUACUUUGUUUAUUUCGAUUGGACAAGCUGUAUAUAUCCACAAAAAUGCUUUCGUUUGUUUGGCAGGGCUCAAUUUGUACUAAUGAAAGAGUAAAGUCGGUUUCACUCCCCA